AUGAUUAGUAUACCUUGCUUGGUGCACAGAACAGUUUUAAAGCAAGAUAUAGAUCAACUUGAGUUUACAAAGAUGAGUGAAUUGAUUGAUCGUUCAAAAAAUUUCGAACGUAUAUUGGACUUAGAUAUAGAUAAAGAACUUCUCAUUAAAGAAUUAGAAUCAAAAUUAAAUGUUAUUUCUAAUGAGUUUGAAAUUGAAAGGAUCCAAUUAAAAGACCAAAUAAAUCUAGUGCAAGAAAAAUAUUUGACAGUUAAUAAAGAACUAGAAAGCAAUAACAGCACUGUAAAGUACUUAUAUGAUACUAAUAAAAAGCUUGAAAAUAAUAUUGUAAAAUUAAGAGAAGAACAUCAAGAUGAAAUUGAAGAGAAAAAUACAUUCAUUGCUGAACUCGAGAAGACAGUUGAAGCAAGAGAAAAUGAAUUGGAUGAUUUAGAAUCAGAUUUGCAAGAACAGAUAGAUGAUUUGAAAGAUGAAAAUACAGAAUUCCAAAAUAAAUUAAAGAUAUACAAGAAUAAGAUAAAGGAAUAUAAACAUGAAAUUAAUUGCAAAGAAAAUGAAAUCCACAAUUUAAAAUCUGAAAGGGAAUUCAAUGCAGAGGAAGUUGAACAAAAGACUGAAACUAAUCAAGACAAUAUUUCUGAAUUACAAAGACAAAAUGAAUUAUAUUUAAAAGAAAAUAAAGAAUUGAUAGAGACUAAGUUAAAACAUAUGAAAACAAUCGACGAUUUAAAUUAUUUAAAAGAAAGCAAUAACUUUUGGAGACUUGAAUGUGAUAGAUUACAAGUUCAAGUGAAAGAUAUUAAAAAAUUGAAAAAUGAAAUUAAAGAGAAACAAUUAGAAUCAAAUAAACUAAGAAAAGUAUUAACUCAAUGGGAAAUUUUUGAACAACAGCUACAAAAAUCACCAAAUGAAAUUAUAUCAGAAUGGAGAUCUUUUGAGACUGAACGUGCAUUUUUAAAUAAUCAGUUGUCUGAAGCAAACGCAAAGAAUUCCAAAGCAAACGAAGAGUAUAAGAAUUUAAAAGAUGAAAAUAAUAAAAACUUAGAGAAUAUUAAACAAUUAGAAGGGGAACUGAAUUCUUCAAGGCUAACAAAUGUGACAGAAAGAAAAGAAAAAAAAUUGUUAUCUCAUGAAGCCUCUAUGUUACGUACUCAAGCUGAAGAGAUGUUUGGAAUGUUACAAAAUACCAUAAAUAAUAAAUUCCCAGAGGUUGAAUCUAAAUUAAAAUCCAUAGAGGAAGAUACCAAACAAUCAGAAGCAUUAAUUCAAAGCUAUAAGGAAGAAAUUGAAAGCAUUAAGAAAGAAUACGAAUCUUUAGAAUCUACUGAAUUUACAUCUACUAAAAAAAGAAAAUUAGAAGAAUCAGUAGAACCAACUAUACUAAAAGAGGAAAAGGUAGUAGACAAUUCUAAAAAAUUAGAGUUGAUGAAAGCUAAAGAAAAAAUCGAGGUCUUAGAAACUAAAUUGGCUAAAUUAAAAGAGUUUCAAGAUCAAGAAGAACAAACAAAACCGGAAAGAGAUGUCGAUAUAUCAAAUGUAGCGACACAAACUAUGAUGUCAAAAAAUAGAGAAUUGUUAAGAAGUAUAUCUAAUAUGAACAAUAACAACAACAAUAAUUCUCCUGUACCACGUCACAUAUUCGAUACCUUAUAUUCAGAAUUAAAAGAAAUGGAACGUAAGCUAAUACAAAAGAUGAAUGAAAUAACAGAAUUAAAACAGAAGAAUUCAACACCUUGA